CACGCACCUCCUCCUCCUCCCUGCAUCAUAGCCGGCUCUCCAUCACAUUCACGUAAUACUCCCGUGAAUAAACUGACUUGCUGGAAAUGCUUGAGGAUCUUGCGUCUCUGAAAACGCGCUGCCUGUAACAUCAGCGGGAUCAAAGUAAAGUGAAGCCGCUCAGAGAGAAUACUACAACAUCAGACACGGUGCUGGAUUACUCAUUAUACCAGAUUAUUUUAUUGAAGGCUGUACUGUGGCAACACAUUCCCUGGCUAGGGCACAAGCUGCCAUGCCAUUUGGUUGUCUGACACUCGGGGAGAACAAGGAUUACAACAGUCCCUCAGAGGUGACUGACAAGUAUGACCUGGGACAAAUUGUUAAAUCGGAGGAGUUUUGUGAGAUAUUUCGAGCGAAGGAUAGGAACACCUUGAAAAUGUACACGUGUAAAAAGUUCCACAAGAAGGAUGGAAGGAAAGUGAGGAAAGCUGCCAAGAAUGAGAUACUGAUCUUAAAGAUGGUAAAACAUCAUAACAUUCUUCAGCUGGUUGAUGCAUUUGAAACUAAGAAAGAGUACUUCAUUUUCCUGGAGCUAGCCACAGGAAGAGAAGUGUUUGACUGGAUCUUAGAUCAAGGUUACUACUCAGAGAGGGACACCAGCAAUGUUAUGAGGCAGGUGUUGGAGGCUGUAGCUUACCUGCACUCCCUGAAAAUUGUCCACAGAAACCUUAAGCUGGAGAACUUGGUAUACUUUAAUCGUUUGAAGCACUCCAAAAUUGUUAUCAGUGACUUCCAGCUGGCAAAACUGGAAAAUAGACUCAUCAAGGACCCAUGUGGAACUCCAGAGUAUCUUGCUCCUGAGGUUGUUGGGAGGCAGAGAUAUGGAAGACCUGUGGACUGUUGGGCUAUUGGUGUCAUCAUGUAUAUACUUUUGUCUGGCAACCCUCCUUUCUAUGAUGACAGUGAUGAAGAUGAUUCUGAUAACCGUGAUAAAAAUCUUUUCCUAAAGAUUUUAUCCGGAGACUAUGAAUUUGAUUCCCCAUACUGGGAUGACAUUUCAGAUUCUGCCAAAACCUUAGUGGCAUCUUUAAUGGACGUGGACCAAGAUCAGCGACUGACUGCACAGGAAGCUAUAGCCCAUGAAUGGAUUUCUGGAAAUGCUGCUUCAGACAAGAACAUCAAAGAUGGUGUUUGUGCACAAAUCGAAAAGAACUUUGCCAAAGCCAAGUGGAAGAAAGCAGUAAGAGUGACCACUCUCAUGAAGAGACUUAGAGCAUCAGAGCAGGGAGAGUCUGGGGCGGUUGGUCUUGCUGCAGGAGCCACAGCUGACCCCAAUGCACCCAGCAGUGGUCCUGCUCCUCAAGCAGGCAGCGGCAGCUUCAUGGCUGCCAGCAUAAAAGCCGCUCUUAAAGAAAAGGCACCUGACACACAGACUGCAAACAUCGCUGCACCCUCCUUGCCCAGUACAGCCCGACAGGAUGAGCAGCAACAGGCACGUUGCAAUGGCGAUGCCCCACAGAUGUUGCCACAAAGAAAAGGAGAGUAGGCAUCAAUUAAACACAAGAACAGGACCCUUGAGAAAAAACAAGCACAUCUACAGCCAAUAAAUUUGGCAUAAUGUUUUAUGUCUCUGCUGUCUGGCUUCUCUAAUUUGCAGAAUUAUUCAGUGACAGCAAAUGUUUUAUCUUGUGUCUUCUGUGCUGAUUGAUGGUGUUCUUCAGCUUCCUUUUUUCCUGUUAUUUUGUGUACAGGUCCCUUUAAAAAUGGUUAAAAAGUAGCUCUUCUGUUGUUUGCCUUUUUUUCCCCUGAAAACUGUAAAAAGUCAUUGGGUCAUUCAUUGAGUAUUUAUGUAGAAAUUUAGUAUAAUAAUUAAUCUUUUCUCAUUGUAUAUAGAUGUAUUUGCCUCAACUACUUGCUACUUUUUAGCUUCAAAAAGUAUAAACCUUAGUUUAUAUCUUGUGACUUAAAAUUGUGAGUUGAAAGAUUUGGUAAUUUGAUCGCAUAACAGUUUGUUUAAAACCAAAUGUAUACAAAUGUUGACUCUUUCCAGCAUAUCUGAGCAAAUAUCUGUGCUCCCAAAUUAAUUACAUCUGCACAAAGUGACAAAGUUGCCACUUUGAUUGGCAGAUAAAUUAAGCUAAGUUUGAAAAGAAGCUAAAUAAAAAAAAAAUUGUCAUUGUGUUUAGAUAUAUCAACAGAUUCAUUCAUAAUAGCUACAACUUACAAUAAGACAGCUUAGAAUUUUAAGGCAGCAAGACAGCAUAUUUUAAGUUAAAGUGCCUUAGUAUUUGUUGCAGUCAUGUUUUCAGACUUAAUCAUAAAUGCUUAUUGAAAUCACUGAAGUGUUUUAGCUCAUUUAUUAGGUCUUUUGUGUGGGGGCUAAUUUGCAUAUUGAUUUUUGUGUACUGUCCUCUUUCAUGCUUCAUUUAAAACACAGAAAGAUAGGUUUAGAGCACUUUAUGUGGUGUGGUGUUUUAGUUGUUGCUGUGUUGUAUCCUGUAAUUAAUAAAUCAAGAAUUUAUUGCAGAGUCCAUAUAUUGUACGCCUAUGUAUAGUUCAAUUAUAUGUGUAUACACGUGUGUGUAAUGUUUUUUUGUUUUGUUUUUUUCAAUUGUGUGUUUGGCAACAUUUAGAUGAGCUAACAGGUUGAUAAUAUGCUCGUAAAUAAAUAAAUGAGCAAUAUCGAUAUUGCUGAGAUUGG